AUGUCUCCUGAGACUCAAAAGCUUUUCCCGAAUGAGGACAAGCAUCGUGCCAUCGACGGUUUGCAUAGAACAUUGGCGACCAACAUCUACAAGGCACGUGAUGGCCGCUAUUAUCACAUCCACGGUUUACUUGCACCCUUCACAUGCGUCGGAAUCGAACCUUAUCUGACUAGAAUAGGUAGCAUGAACCCGGAGCCGACGCUGACAGCGCUUGGCUUACCGUUAGAAGGCGAGCCCGACGAUACGUAUGAGUCCGUCGUCCGCAGGUUCCAGGAUGUCAUAUCCGAACUUGACUCGUCUGAUCUUGAUCAGCUCAUGAACGAGCAACAUCGGCAAGCCGGCACUAUUGCCUAUACCGCAGAUGAAUACUCGGCGACUGAGCAGGGACAGCAAUGCGCCAAAGUUGGACUUUACGAGCUUUCAAAGGAUACAGAAUCUGGUCAGCCGGCAAGUUGGUGGCCUGAAAAAAUUCCUCUAAGUCCAGACUCGACCACGAUCAGACCGCUCGCAGGCCUGAAAGUGGUCGACUUGACACGCGUCAUUGCCGGCCCGGCUAUUAGUCGCAGUCUUGCAGAGAUGGGAGCUAGUGUGAUGAGGGUGACUUCACCCGAUAUCACAGAUCUCUCAGCUCUCCACCAGGAUUUGAACUGGGGCAAAUGGAACUGCCACCUAGACUUGAAGAAGCCUGGUGAUAAGGACAAGUUACGAGAGCUGAUACGCGACGCUGACGUUGUGGUGGAUGGGUAUAGGCCUGGUGUCAUGGAGCGCCAUAGUUUCGGUCGCCAAGCCAUCUACGAUCUUGUCAAGGACCGCCCCCGCGGCAUCAUUCAUGUUCGAGAGAACUGCUACGGUUGGCACGGACCUUGGAGCCACCGAAGUGGUUGGCAACAAAUUAGCGACGCAUGUUGUGGUGUGUCUAUGGGCUACGGUAGAGCCAUGGGUCACAACGAAGCGGUGACUCCUGUGUUUCCAAACUCAGACUAUUGUAAAAUAGUACCGGCGUAUGUGGUAGCGCGGCUGUUCUUGAUGCACUGGUCAGGCGGUCGGAACAAGGUGGCAGCUACGGCAUUGACGUAA